AUCCUCGUUGUUAAAACUUCUGACUCAAUUCCGUCUCCAUUAUCCUUUUCAAUUCCACAACCUGCCACUCAUCUCAUGCCAUCGAUUAGGUUAGCCGCUGAGAAUCGACUUCCUCCGGGAAGGUUAUCUCGAGCUCUACUCACAUCUUUCUUCCCCUUCAUCUUCUUAUGGUUUAAGGUAUUAUCUUCAAUUUUUAAAGAUAGUGACUAUUGGAGCGCUAAGAACCCAUUUCGCACUGCUCACAAGCAAGCCUGUCGCUAGCCUUAACUUCAUCAAUCCUCAAUUGCGUGGUUUUUUUCAUCUUCUACUGAUCAUGUCAAUCAUUAAUCUCAUUCGGUUAUGCUAUUUUUGAAUAUACAAUUGCAACUAGGUCUUAACUCUGUCCUUUACAUCUUCUGUGAAGCGCAAUUUAGUGAAUUCGAAGAGGCUCACUCAAGAUUAACUCACCUUGUUUAUUUUGUAAAGUAUGUUUCCCUCAGUUGGCAGAGGUUCCCUUCCCUGCCCUCCACUAUUCUCUGGUGAUGAACAUAUUAACCUCCUCCGCAGAACUCUUGGACCUCAUAAAAAAUGUGGACAUUGUUUUUAAUUUGAAACCUUAGAGCCCGUUUGGUAGUAUCAAAAUCGGUUGUUUUGGCUGAUUCUGCUGAAAUUUAUAAAGUUGUGGUUGAAGUGGCUGUAUUGGCUUAUUCUGCUGAUUUAAGAAAAAGUUAUUUUUAAAAUAUUUUAUUAAUAAAAUAAAGAAAAAAUUAUAUGUAAAAAUAGUUAAAAUAAUCAUCUACAGUUCAGUCAACAGUUAGAAAAGUAACUUCAAUCUUACUUUUUCUCUUUAUUACAUAUUGAGCACGGGAAAACAAAAAGUGUAGAAGGUCGUUUGAAAACACUUAUUAUCCACUUAUCAAUCAUUUUUCAUGAAAUACGUUUGGAAAAUGAAAAAUUACUUUGGUAGUUUUCCAUUUCUUUUCCUGCUCCGUACCCCUGGCUCGCCUUAACUUCUCCACCGCCGUAAUCUGCAAAUACGAAGGGCGUCUACAUUAAGGCUGGUAUGUAUCGUGAAUUCAAUAACGAACACCGGAACACGGCCAAUAAUACAUAAUUACAAUCCCCGCACCUCAUAACAAAAUCAGUGGGAAGCAAAAUUGAUUGCAUCAAUUGAGAACAAUAGCUGUAAUCGUAAUCAAUUUUGGUUCUAAAGGAUUCGCACCUCUUAAUUUUUUAUGGUAGAACAAUAGCACGUGAAUCUCGUUCACGUAUAUUCUCUUGUCGUUGCUAUCUGGGUUAUGGAGGAGCAAGACAGAAUCAGUGAUCUCCCUGCGGAUAUACUUGACAAGAUUAUGGGAUUAUUGUGGAUUGGAGAAGCCGCUAGAUGUGCCAUCUUGUCCACAGCUUUGAGAGAUGCUUGGUACAAUCUUACCGAGCUUGAUUUUGAUGAGUCCUUCUAUGAUAACAUUUACUCAGAUUGUGAUGAAGACCCAGCCAUAUGGCAUGAUAUAGUAAACGGUUACCUCAACAAGCACAAUGGAACCAUUAGAAAAUUUGUAGUCUAUUUCCGGCUUCAAGCGUGUAAGUGUGAAUUCAGUAAGUUGUUCCGUUCUGUCACAAAGAAAGGUGUUCAAGAUCUCGAGAUUGAUCUAUAUAGAUUUGAUGGUAUGAGAUACUCGCUGCCGUCCUGCAUCUUUAAAUGCCCUACACUGAAGAUUUUUAGUGCCACUGGUGUUCAAAUAGACCCAAUUAAAGCUCAUUUCAUAUUUCCCAAUGUCACUUCUCUUGUUUUUUAUGGUGUUCGUUUUUGUCCAAGGAGUCCUAAUCUUCACGCUCUUGAAGUUCCAAUUCUCCAAAGCUUGAAGUUUUGUGGAUGUAAAGACAUCUCCUAUUUUAACAUUAAUGCUCCGAAACUUUGUAGUUUAUCCAUCAUAGAAUGUUUCACUAGCAUUGCUACUGGCUAUGAAAAUCACUACUAUGACGACUAUGAAAAUGACUUUGAAAAGUGGGUAUUUAAAUCCACAUACGAUGAAAGCAGUUACGAUAGCGAUGAUAGAGAUAUGUUUUGCUAUGACCCUGUCAAGGAAAAAGACAUGUCUGAUGGUGGAUUUCUCCCUAUGAACUUGUAUUUGGGAUCUUUUUGUAGACUUCACUUGUCUUUUUUUGAUAUUUGGGAAAUCGUUGACGAGUUUAGUAGAAUGAGACUUCCAAUGCCAGCAUUAGAUGUGCAGUACCUAAACCUCACAGGUGUCUUUUUUACAGAUUCAGAUUGGAUCUCUAAGUUUGUGAGUUUCCUACAAAGUUGCCCAAAACUAUGCGAACUUGAUAUAUGUUUUCAGGUUAAGGUUCAUGAAUCUUCUUCGGGUGUUUAUAAUCUACUUUACAGUCACAACAUGCUCAAAACUUUGAAGUUUAGAUUAUUCUCAGGGUCCAAAUCUGAAGUGCAAUUUCUAACGAGACUAAUAGCCUGCUUCCCAACAUGCAAGAAGGUGUCUAUUUUUUGCCAGAGAAGGUUCGGGUCCAGGAAGAAGGCAAAUAUUAGAGAGGAGAUUCUGAGUUCUAGUCGUCUUUCGUCAACGGCAAAAAUUUAUUUGAAGUAUAACAAAGAUGCAUUAGGGGAAAUAUCUAGAUAUUACUAAAAAUACAGUGUUUUCCUAAUGUAUGACUACGGAGUGUUUAGAACUGAUUCUGCUUUUGCUUCUUGUUUAAAGCAGAAGCAUAAUCAGUUUUAGGAAGUUGGUCUCCCCCAACUUUUAAAAAAAUUCGAGUAAAUUAGAGCAUCAGAAGUACUUUUGCACUUUUAUCUAAACAUUGCAACUUUUACUUCUGCUCCCUAAAGAAGCAGAAACAGUUUUAAGAAUUAGAUCCAAACAACCCUCAAUUAUGUUUUGUAUGUGUGUAUGACUACAUAUCAUUAAAAUCGUGGACGCAUGUGUGGUAUAAUUAGG